UUAGAUAAACUGAAUAUAUAGUAACUGACCGAUUUUCUUUUUCCUUAUCGACACAGCUAAAAUAAUGUGAUAUUUUCAUUCCUCUCCGCUCAGUGUGUAUCAAUACAUUAAAUGAAUAGAAUGGCCUCGAAGAUUCUGCUUCUGCUUCUCGCAGCAGCAUUACCAACAGCACAGGGCCUCACAUGUUUACAAUGUAGGGGUGUUUCACAGCCAAGGCACUGCAACAUCGUGGAUGAAUGUUACCCAGGAGAGGUUUGUGGUGUAGAAAGGAUCAACAACCACCUUGGGCAAACAGUGUAUGAUGUUGGAUGCAUACAUCAAUCGAAAUGCUACAACAGUUCUAUGAACCAACAAAGUUCCAUCAGUAACGAGUGUAAGGAAUGCUGUAACACUGACAUCUGUAAUUCUCAAGGCUGUGGUACACCUGGUUAUCCACAAAACAGAGGUCCAAUUUGUCACUUCUGUCCAUUUCAUACGAGUAUUAAUAUGUGUAAUGAAAUCGCUUUCUGUGAAGUGGGCGAAGUAUGCAAGUAUUCUGUUUUAAAAGAGUUCGGGGAUACCAUUUACUCUAGUGAAUGCUCUAACAAACACGUAUGUCAAAACAGUAUCAACCAUGGAAAUGUAAUUGUUGGUCGAGAUAUCGAAAACUCUCGCUCUAUCAUACACGACUACUCUUUGAGAAACGACCGUUCUUUGACCGAGCAUAUUUGCAGCGGAUGUUGUGAUGUUGACUUAUGUUUUAAAGGUUGUAAUGAAACAAACGUCUCCAUUAAAAAUCAUUGUUCUUCAAGUCCAUGUUUACAUGGGCAGUGCCAGAACACACCAGCAGGAUUCACAUGCAAAUGCAAUUCUCCAUACGUCGGCUUGACAUGCAACAGUCGUGGAGCUACUGAUUGUUAUGAUAUUUACAAGAAUGACAAGGAUUCAAAGUCUGGGGUAUACAACAUUAUGCUGUGGAGGUCUAAUGAAACUAUAAAUGUUUACUGCGAUAUGGAUACUUCUCCUCCUGGAUGGACGGUAUUCCAGAAUAGAUUUGAUGGAUCUGUUGACUUUUACCGCAGCUUUUCAGCAUACAUGCAUGGUUUUGGAAACAUAGACGGGGAAUAUUGGCUUGGACUGCGUUUUAUCGAAGAAAUGACGAGACAAUAUGAGAGUGUGCUUAGGAUUGACCUUCUUUCUGCAAAUCAUUCGCACGUGCAUGAAAUAUUUCAAAACUUCAGCUUGUCGAACUAUCCGAAUUUCAGAUUGUAUCUCGGAAACCAAACCGUUGAAGGAAUACCAGAUAACAAAAAAGGAUUCAUUGAUCUAAACGGACAGGGCUUUACCACAUAUGACCACGACGUUGAUAGAAUUCGUGGUGAAAAUUGCGCAAUAUUGACUCAUGGUGGGUGGUGGUACCAACAGUGCACAACGGCAAACUUGAACGGUCAGUAUGUUAACCCACCAGGAUCCAUUUCCUCUAUAAACGGCGGCUCUGGAGGCUUCAUUUACUUUGACUGGCAAGGUGUAAACACUCUUAAAGCUUCUAAGAUGAUGUUCAGGAAACAGUACCAAUAAAACACUCCCGUAAAAUUAUCCUCGUUUCCUUUUCCCUCUUAUAUAAACAUUAUAUUAAGAUUAAAGAUAGUUCAAAUAUAAACCGACUGUCUAAGCCUAAAUUUAUUUCACUUUAUUUUUGUUUUGGAAG